AUGAAGCUCUUUGGAAUGCUCAUGUUGGUCAUCCUCACAGGACGCCCACCAUUCUUAGGGACUGAUGGAGACGGUCAGCAGAUCACUACAUGGGCGUCCGAGCGCAUGUCCUCGGGUGACAUGGAAAGGCUCGGGGAUCCCACCAUGGAUGCCCCUGCAGAUGCUGUGCUGCGUGUGGCUCAGCUCGCCCUCACCUGCACCGCGGAGCGCACAGCAGCCCGCCCAAGCAUGGCGCAUAUUGCCAACGAGCUGCAGGCCAUCCGGGAGGAGUGGGUGGGGAAAGAGGAGCUGAGCGCUGCUGCAAAGGUGGAUGCGCGGGUGCAGAAGAAGAAGGAGCUUAUUGCCAGUGUGUUAAGCCUCGACACGGAGCUUCGGAUUAUUGAAGACAAUUUGGCAGAUGGAUAG